AUGGGAAAAUGUUCCUGGCAUUAAAUAUUUGUGGUAAAAGUAUAAAUCCAUUUUCUAUAUAUAUAUUUUUAUUCAUCAAAGCUUCAGGGAUGGAGUGGAGUAAACCAACGCCAGAGUUGAGAUCAGUGUCAUGCUAAUGGACAAAGGUUAAAUAGGUGUGGCCAACGGAGAACAACAAUCCUACAGGAACAUAAAGUCCUCUCUGUCUUAGCUAAAUGUUCACACCAGGAGAUUGCAAGCAGCUGAGAACAUGGAGACUUUGAAGGAUUUUGGUUUCUUUCUUUUCUCCAGUCCUACCACUGUACUUGGAGUAGGUCUCCUUUUCAUAAUCCUUUAUUUGGUGACUGUUGGUUCCUCCAGAGAAACGGGUAAAGAGCCUCCAGGACCAAAGCCUCUGCCUCUGCUUGGCAACCUGCUGCAGCUUGAUCUCCAGAGACCCUACAAAACACUGUGUGAGCUUUCCAAGAAAUAUGGGUCUGUAUUUACAGUUUAUUUUGGACCAAAAAAAGUGGUUGUCCUAGCCGGGUACAGGACAGUCAGAGAGGCUCUGGUCAGCAAUGCAGACGAGUUUGGAGAAAGAGAAAUCACACCUAUGUUUGCGGAUUUAGCAAAACAUCGUGGAAUUCUGUUUUCAAAUGGAGAAACGUGGAAAGAGAUGCGUCGUUUUGCCCUCAGCACCCUGAAAGACUUUGGGAUGGGGAAGAGAGUUGCAGAGGAGAAAAUCUUGGAGUGUGGACACCUCAUUCAAGUGUUUGAGAGUUAUAAAGGCAAACCAUUUAACACAUCCUGUCCAACAAAUAAUGCAACAUCCAACAUCAUCUCCUCCAUUGUGUUUGGAAGCAGAUUUGAAUACGAUGAUCCUCAAUUCAGAGGCUUGAUUAGUCGUAUCACUGAGAAUAUUAAGAUAGCUGGCUCGGCAGAAAUCCAGCUCUACAAUACAUUUCCUCGGCUGGUUGGAUGGAUAAAAAGCCGUCAGGUUAUGUUAAAAAAUGGUGAAACGACGAUGAGAAAAAUUAAGGAUUUAACCCAGAAACUGAAAGAGACACUCAACCCUCAGAUAUGCAGAGGACUGAUCGACUGUUUUCUGAUUCAAAAGCAGAAAGAUGAGGAUUCUUGUGUCAAAGACACUCAGUUCACUGAGGAGAACCUGUUAUAUACAGUGGCAAACCUGUUUGCUGCUGGAACCGACACCACAGCGGCAACACUGAGGUGGGGUUUGCUGCUCAUGGCAAAGUAUCCACAAAUUCAGGACCAGGUUCAGGAGGAGCUGACCAGGGUGGUUGGAAGCCGUGAGGUUCAUGUGGAAGACCGUAAACAUCUGCCGUACACUGAUGCUGUCAUCCAUGAGAUACAGCGGCUCUGUAACAUUUCUCCUAUGGCUGUCCCACACAAAACCAGUCGAGAUGUCACCUUUCAUGGAUAUUUUAUCAAAAAGGGAACUACUGUGAUUCCCCUCCUUACAUCUGUUCUGUAUGAUGAGAGUGAAUGGGAGAGCCCUCACACCUUCAACCCUUCUCAUUUCUUGGACAAGGAGGGAAGAUUUAUCAAGAGAGAUGCUUUUCUACCAUUUUCUGCAGGUCGCAGGGUGUGUCUUGGUGAGAGUCUGGCAAGGAUGGAGAUUUUCCUCUUCUUAACCUCUCUCCUUCAACGAUUUCGUUUCAUGCCUCCGCCUGGAGUUUCUGAAGAUGAUCUGGAUCUGACUCCAGCGGUGGGAUUCACCAUCCCUCCUUCUCCUCAUGAGCUCUGUGCCAUCAGUCGGCAGUGAAGAAUGAAUCACUAGAUUGUAGUUGAUCUCUCUACCAGAACCC